AUGGGUUCGUUCAAAAAAAUCAUCACCAUUGUUUCCCUCAUAACCAUUCUUCUCACUUCCGCCGAGGCCCGAAUUCCGGGCGUGUACGGAGGCGGCGCGUGGGAGAACGCCCAUGCGACGUUCUACGGAGGGAGCGACGCGUCUGGCACAAUGGGCGGCGCGUGCGGGUAUGGGAACCUGUACAGCCAGGGAUACGGCGUUAACACGGCGGCGCUGAGCACGGCUCUGUUCAACAGCGGGCUGAGCUGUGGAGCGUGCUUCGAGAUAAAGUGCGCCGACGAUCCGAGCUGGUGCCACGCUGGUAGUCCAUCGAUCUUCGUGACCGCCACAAACUUCUGCCCACCGAACUACGCUCUCCCCAGCGACAAUGGAGGGUGGUGCAACCCUCCCCGACCACACUUUGACCUCGCCAUGCCCAUGUUUCUCAAAAUCGCCGAGUACCGCGCCGGCAUCGUCCCCGUCUCUUACCGCAGGGUGCCUUGUCGAAAACAGGGAGGGAUGAGAUUCACGAUCAACGGCUUCCGUUACUUCAACUUGGUUUUGAUCACCAACGUGGCGGGUGCAGGGGAUAUAUUGAGGACGAGCGUGAAAGGGUCUAAAACUGGGUGGAUGAGUAUGAGCCGUAACUGGGGUCAGAAUUGGCAAUCAAACGCUGUUCUGGUUGGUCAGUCACUCUCCUUCAGGGUCACAGCCAGUGACCGACGCAGCUCCACCUCGUGGAACAUUGUGCCCGCCAAUUGGCAAUUUGGCCAAACCUUCACAGGCAAAAAUUUCAGGGUCUAA